CACAUUCCCAAGCGUUACUCAGCGUCGAGAAUUUCAGUUGCAGUGGCUAUGUGGCGCGCGGUGCAUUUUCAAGAGUUUUUUAACGGCUAAAUUAGUAAAUCGUUUCUUGGUUCGCAUAAGUGCCGUUUUUCGUAGAUAUUUCUUUUAAUUUCCUGAACCACAUUUAGUGAGUGAACGCAUGAACUGUGGACUUACGUCAUACUCAUACGCUGCAUCCAGUCCGUCGUCCAGAGAAUUACAACGAGAGAAACAUGCUGCCUCGCUGCAAUGCCAGCCUGGAGCCUGUACUGCGACCACAAGCGCGUGUCUCGAAUGAGCUACAGUUUCUGGGCUGGAAUGUGCCGCCCGAUCAGAUACAAUAUAUACCCGAGCAUUGGCUCACCCAGUUAGAACCGCCAGCAUCCAUGCACUACAUGCUCGCUAUACUAUACACAUUUCUCUUCUUCGCCUCGACCAUCGGUAAUGGACUAGUGCUGUGGGUUUUCAUGAGCGCAAAGUCCCUACGCACGCCAUCCAAUAUAUUCGUUCUGAAUUUGGCUUUCCUAGAUUUCAUUAUGUGCGCCAAAGCGCCGAUAUUCAUCUACAAUAGCUUCCAUCGUGGUUUCGCGCUCGGCAAUACAUGGUGUCAAAUUUUUGCCGCCAUCGGCUCAUAUUCCGGCAUUGGUGCGGGCAUGUUGAAUGCGGCUAUCGGCUACGACCGUUACAACGUCAUUACGAAGCCAAUGAACCGUUCAAUGACCAUGACCAAAGCUAUCAUUAUGAAUCUUCUGAUAUGGGUGUACUGUACUCCGUGGGUCAUUAUGCCACUCACUGGCUUUUGGGAUCGUUUUGUGCCAGAGGGCUAUUUAACAUCUUGCACUUUUGACUACCUAACGGACAACUUCGAUACGCGCCUUUUUGUUGGCACCAUAUUCUUCUGCAGCUUUGUGUGCCCGACAUCGAUGAUCGUCUAUUACUACAGUCAAAUAGUUGGUCAUGUCUUUAGUCAUGAAAAAGCGCUACGCGAACAAGCGAAGAAAAUGAAUGUUGAGUCUUUGCGAUCAAAUGUGGACAAGAGUAAGGAAACGGCGGAAAUACGUAUCGCAAAAGCGGCCAUUACCAUUUGUUUCCUCUUCUUCGUGUCGUGGACGCCGUAUGGAGUAAUGUCAUUGAUUGGAGCAUUUGGUGAUAAGAGUCUACUGACGCCGGGCGUAACCAUGAUACCAGCCUGUACUUGCAAAAUGGUAGCUUGCGUCGAUCCAUUCGUGUACGCUAUUAGUCAUCCUAGAUACAGAGCGGAAUUACAAAAGCGUUGUCCAUGGUUGGCCAUUAAAGAAAAGUCGACGGAGGCUUCAACAGCGGGUUCGACAACCACUGAACAACAGCAGACGUCAGCAGCGUAAAGUUAGCUCACAGGGUGCACUGAUCGCUGACGGUAAUACUGUUGUAUACAUUAGCUUGUAAGAAGCAUUAGUAGCAUUAGGAAUUAAUUGUUAUGGGUUUUUAUCUGUAUAUUGUACAUGUGUAUGUACUUAAAAAUUACUUAGAUUAGAUAAUUAUUGCGACAAUUUUCGCACACAUAUUGAUGACUUGGCUCUGGACAAGGACUUGCAUUAUCGCCUAUAUUCAAACUGAACACACAAGGCUAAGUGAACGGAUACAUGACUUGGUAAAACACAUACAUAAGUAACUGUGCAACAAUGCGUGGAUGCCAAAGAAGCUGCAUUGUGCAUGAAAAUCACAAAAAAAAAAUAAAUAGAUCGUCACAGUUAGGUUUGAUGUAACCAGCUGUUAUUUUUCUUAUUAUUUAUUUGUAGCUCUAUUAUUUGCCUAUGUAAUAGAAAUGGGAAAAAUAAAUAGAAUUUUAUUGCAA